AUCAUGUUCAGCUCCAUGAGCUGGUUCGAAGAUAAAGUCGCGGUUCCCAUGACAGCUUCAUCACUGAUUCUCGUUGCAAGACGAGAGACCUCAUUUGCAAAGCAUUCUUCUGCUACCAUCCACACUUAAAAACAUCAUCUACCGACACCAACCAAUCCACUUGCACCAAAAGGAUAUACACAAUGUCCCUUAUCGACUCCCCCGCCAUCCCUAAGGGCUCCCUGGUGGUAGUCACCGGCGCUACUGGCUUCAUUGGCUCGCACAUUUCCGACCAAUUCCUGCAGCGUGGCUACAAAGUCCGCGCGACGACUCGCGAUGUGAGCAAGAACGCUUGGGUCUCCGAGCUCUUCGCGGAGAAGUACGGCGCCGACAAGUUCUCCCUCGUCGCGGUCCCGGACAUGGCCGCCCCCGGCGCCUUCGACGACGUGGUCAAGGGAGCAGCAGCGGUCGUCCAUACCGCGACUGACACGAGCCUCAGCCCGAACCCGAACGCCAUCAUACCCUGGACCGUCGAGAUGGUACUGAGCGCCAUACGCUCCGCUGCCAAGGAGCCCCUAGUGAAGCGCUUCGUGCUCACCUCGUCUUCCGUCACCGCGUCGGCGAACCUGGCAGACACGCCGGGAACGCUGACUGUGGAUAGCUGGAACGACGGUGUCAUCGAGGUCGCAAACCGCCCGCCGCCGUAUGAGCCCGAGCGGGCCUGGUCCGUAUACGCUGCGGCCAAGACCUUAGCCGAAAAGGAGGCGUGGAAGUUCGUGCAGCAAGAGAAACCGGCAUUCGUGCUCAACACCGUACUACCCAACCUGGCCCUCGGCAAGAGCCUUUCUGUUGAGCAUCAAGGCCAUCCGAGCACUGCCGGGAUGCUGGCUGCGUUGUUCAAGGGCGACGCAACGUAUAUGAAGAUGCUUCCACCUCAGCACUUUGUUGAUGUGCAGGACGCCGCCCGCCUGCACGUGGCCGCUGCUAUACACCCGGACGUGGUGUCGGAACGCAUAUUUGGGUUUGCAGCGCCUUACAACGGAGAUUUGAUACUGGACAUCUUCCGCAAGAUGCAUCCCAAUAAGACGUUCCCGGAGAACUUCCAGUCAGGGAGGGAUCUCUACGAGGUUGUGCCCCGUGCUAGGGCCGAGCAGCUGCUUCGUGACCUUGGCCAGGGCGGUUGGACUACUUUGGAGCAGAGCUUGAAGUGGAACACGGAGGAUCUGGAGUAGUUCAGUCCGCCGAAUCGGCCGCUUAUAUGCUGGCCAGUAGAUUAAGUCUAGGGACUACCAAGUCUAAAGUGGCUGGAGGCUACGGAUAUAGCUUGCGCUCGUGAUAAAAAAUAUAAGAGAAAGUGUAGACAAUAUGAAUCGAAACGAAGAC